AUGCCCCCGAAAGCCGCUCCCGUCGCCUUCGGCACCAACGCCACCGAGAGUGAGAUCAAACUCGCCUUCGCCAUCAUGAAACUCGUGGCCCGUCCGACCUCCAGCGCCGCCUUCGCCAAGAUCGCCGAGGACGCCGGCUUUGCCAGCGGCGACAGCGUGCGCCACCUGGUCCGCAAGGCCGCCGACAAGCACGACUGGUUCUCCGCCGCCGGCGAUGAGGCCACUGGCGGCACCACUCCGCGCCCCAGAAAGGUCGCCACCCCGCGCAAGAAGAAGAUCGCCGAGGCUGCCGAGGAGGGCGCCGAGGAGGAGGGCACCCCGACCAAGAAGCGCGCCCGCAAGGGCAAGGGCAAGGCUGCCGCCGCCGCCGCUGCUGCCAAGGAGGAGACUCCCGAGGAGGAAGCUGGUGACAAGGGUGGCGCCUCGAAGGACGCUGAAGUUGAUGCUGAUGCUAGCGGCUCCCAGGAGAAGGAGGAUGGCGAGAUCUGA